AUGAAGAGGCACAGUUUCUUUAUUCUACUUUUCAUCUUGCCUUUAUUCAUUAGGACUCGAUCGGAGGUGCCUAACAGCAAAGCUAUUUUAGAUCAACUGAUCUCAAUUGAUGCACCCAAAGUCUUAUCAGAAACUGAUUUGAAAAAAUCAGUACGUCUACCGGAAAAGACGACUCAAAGUGUCAGCACCAGCAGUCCUUAUAGUUCAACAUCCCCUGCGAGUCCCCUUAACACAACGGUGACAGUCUCAGCGAGAAUCCCGAAUGCAACAAUAACAUAUCCAUUCGUAGCAUCACUGCAAAUCAAAAAGGGCAAGUUUAUGCAUCUCUGUGGCGCUACAAUAUUGGAUGCCAACUUCGUAUUGACGGCGGCUCAUUGCUUUCUGAAAUACCCCAAGCUGAAGCCCAAAAAUUAUCUCGUGGCCGCCGGCAGCAAUCGACUGUUCAAUGCGAAAACAAAGCGUUUUCGAGUUAGCAGUUUAAGAAAACAUCCGAAUUUCAAGCCCCUGAAGGGCCAUGAUAUUGCAUUGCUGAAGCUAGCAACACCCAUACCGAUCGACAAUAUUCGAUUCGCAGCUUUAGACUUUCGGGAUACCCCUAGAAAACCCAGCAAUGUGAAUACUCUGCUCGUCGGCUGGGGUCGCACCAAACCAGGCAUACCAAAGAACCUAGAAACUGUCUCGUUCCGCACCAUAAAAGAUGACAUAUGCUUAGUAGAUCAUAGAUUUAAAUUUUUGACUGAUUCGGAAAUUUGUGCGAUCCACACAACGGGAAUUCGUGGAGCUUGUGAUGGCGACUCGGGUGCACCUCUAAUAGACGUGAAUAAGCAUAAGCUGGUUGGCCUCCUCUCGUAUGCCCGCAAGGCCUGCGAGGCGCACAAAGUAUACGCCUUUACACGAAUCAGCCCCCACGUGAGCUGGAUCAAGGAGCAAAUGGGGAUUAUGCAAUUGCAAGUCAAAUAGGAAACGCACUAAAUAAGUUUCUCAGUGUCUAUUCGGCUUAAUAUAUGCAGUCAAAUUCCCACUUGACGCUUGCUUCAUUCCUAUCCCCAAAUGCAAAUAAAGGAAGUCACUUAAAAAAUUAUGCCGCCCACUUUGGCAAGUGCCACGGGAUAUGCAGAGAUGAAAAUGUGUUAAUGUGCCGGGCCGCAACGCUUUUAGAAUUCAUGUCAGUUUUAUAAGGUAACAGAUUCACGCGCGAUUGUCACUUACGCUGAUUUCCGCAACAGGCCCCCAGAGAGGACCCCCGUCGCCCCCCAAAGUCAGUGAGGAUGAAGGCGUGCCCCAACCAGGCGCCGGCAAUACAAAUGACAGUUACGUGUGCGGGUACUCCAUUUCGUUUAACUGCUUUUUUUAUUGCAUGCCCUGUACUGUAAGCAGUUAGACAGGGUAUAUCGGUU